AUGAGAAUACCAAAGCUCUUCGAUAUCAACACUCGCACUCGCACUCACACUCACACACAAUACAAUUCAACAAACCCAACAAACCCAACACACACCCACCAAACCCCCAAAACCCCAAAACCGUCAUCAUGCCUGGCUGCUCUUGCGCUGCUGCCUGCGCCUGCGAUUCAGGAUGCGGCUGCGCCAGCUGCGGAUGCUGCGCGAAGUAAACGGUUCUUUUACGGCCCUCCGCUCUGUGAUGCUCAUUCCACAUUACCCAUCCCCCUACGGAACUUAUCUGGGGCGGCUCGGCGAUGGCAAUAUCAUACAUGA